AAAAUAAAAUUGAGGAUCUCUGGCGCAUUUCCACUUGGCGAUACCCAUGGCGACAAGCUCCCCCCACCUGACUUAAAUAUCAGAUGGACCUCGCAGCCUUCUCAUACAUUGUUGAAAGUUGCGGUUUAAAAGGCUUUUCUCGCCUCCCCCGGGAACUUCAACUAGUAAUUCAAGAAUAUAUUCCAGAGCACCAUGUAGUGUUCCGGUAUGCUCUCUCACGAGCACUCGCUAAGGAUCUUUCAAUGCCAAGAACGAGGUCUUCGACAACUAUACCUUUAAACCGAAUAUCCAAAUGGGAACGUGGAGAUACCUGUAUAAUGUCCGAACCAGACCUCAACUUGCCUAUUGUUCGAUUGUCUAUCGAUGUCCACGGGUUACAAAAGGUCGAACGAUUGGCCUGUCGACCACCCUUUUCCAGUCUUAGACGGUAUGAUCUUGUGUUUGUUGUCGAAAAUGAGAGCGAAUUUAGUAAUACAACGGUUCAAUCUACGAACGGCCUCUUGCGCCUCACCCUCCCAGUAACCAAUAUACCCUUCGCAACUUGGGAUACGCCAACGCCCCCUGGGUUCUCCAUACCAUCCGAUGCGGACCCUCAAUGUACACAAAAUCUGCGUCUCCAAACCAUUGACUUGGAGGAAAGCACAGGUAUCACAUUCUUCUAUUCUCGGGGAUUUCUUCAUUAUAUUCACAAUCACACGAGAACUGCACCGCGUGCUCGAUUCAUCAACCCCACCAUCGAGCGUCCACCAUUUUUAGCAUGUAUCUAUGUUCCCAUUCCCCCUCAAGACAAAUUAGUUGGGUUCGCCUCUCAGCAAAUAAAAGCAGAAAUAGCCAAUCUCGACCAAAUAGCUCCUCUUAGCUUUCUAUUUCGAUUUUUGUUAGCAGGCGAUGUUCUCGUUGGAUUUCCCUUUCUUCAUGAAUUUUCGCUCAAUGAGAUUCCGCCGGCGGCGAGUCUCAUAUAUAAUAGCAGCAUGGGUUCCAUAAUUCCGCCUUUCACAGUCUUUCCCAAACAAGCCGAUCGUAACUUCAUGACGAUUGAUGGUGCCGAGCAGCAUCGAGUUCCCGUUGAUCCUAUAUAUGGAGGCGACUUUUUCUCAUCAGCACCCUUGGAAAACGUGAGGAAAGCUCGAGUUUUUUAUAGUAAUUAUACGAAUUACUGUUCUGGUAUACUGCUAUACUACGAAAAUGGUAGCCAAAGAGCACUAGGUCAGUGCCGAGUCCUGAUAGACAACGAACGGAGCUUUGCGAAACCGACACACAUAUGCUUUUGUAACACAAAAAACCGGGACUACCUCUUCGGCAGCAAGCCACUUUGGCUAGUUGUCGAAUUUCGUAAUUCUGCCUGCAAUCAUACGGAAGACUGGACAUGUUCCAAGAUGAGUGGCGUUGAAACCAUAUAGUUCUAUGCCAUAAUUAUGCACUCUGUCACUAUCUCGCGCAAUCGCGUCGACCGAAAAACCACGAUUACAAUGUAUUACUUUGAGCGUGAGAAACCCAUACGUCCUCUUACGUGUUCAGUUUAAAAUAGAUAUCUCAAGCAUGGGUACCAAAGUUUUCCGUCGCCCAACCAACAAUACUAGGUAUUAUAGUGGUUUGAAUAUCGUAGCAUGCCCUGCUUCCCUAUAACACACCUUAUGUUUACGCUCUCAGUCAA